AUGGCGGUUGGAGAUGAUCGGCUCGAGCCGCCGAAUAUUCGAGUACCGGGCAGGACCUCUUCGAAAUCAUGGAACAACGCCAACCGGUUUUCUUGGUUCCCUUCGCUUGAGACGACGAUGUCUUCGCAGAAACCAGGGAAAGCCACGCGAAGGGACUCAUACUGUGGGGGCAGCAUGCCCUCGGGCACGAAGUUGUUCGCUGUGCCGAUGUCCCUUUCGGCACCUACAACACGUGCCCCAAGUCCCACAAGGAAGCAGCUUCUAGAUAUGAUGGACCCUCAGCUGAGGGAAUCGAUUGAGAGAGGGCCCAACUCGAGGAGAAUGAACCGGAGCGUCUAUAUGGGAAUCAGCAGGCGAAAACCUCUACUUACAGGAGCCCUGAACCCCACAAAGAAAGACGAAGUGCGUCGGUGGGACGGAAUUUCGAAGACAGCAUGUUCUUGGGAUGGAUUGAGGAAGGACUCAGAAUUAUGGUUUCCUAAGGGCAAUUGCCUGAUCUAUCUCUAUGCUAAGGGACACUCCCGGCGAGGCCCUUCUUUCUGUAUCCCCCUGCGUGCUCUGCAAGAUUCACAAUGUGACUCAUUGCUCACCAUUUGUCCCGCCCAGUUAGUGAAAGAUGCAACAGCGAUGAAUCCCCUGCGGGAGAGGGAGAUCUAUGAGAUAUAUAUCCCCGCCCCUGAGGAUUCGAUGCGAACAGACGCAUUACUCUGGCACAUCACCACCCGCAAUUUCUUUGCCUUCUUAUUUGGAAGGCCGUUGGUCGGCAUUCGCUUGGGCAACACGGCCGCUGCACUCUACGAGCGCGUUAAGCUGUACCGAACCGGGCAUCCGAAUAACCAAGUGGAUUUCUUGGAAUAUCUUGAGGGUCUAGGCUAUUUCGAUUUUGUCAAUUGUCCGGAUCAUGCUCUCGCGGCCCUCUUCUUCGCCGAGCGACACCAGAUAUCCCACCUCUAUAUCGAGGCCUUCGCUCACUGUGUCGGCAUGAAUGAGAAUCUCGACAUCUCCCCGGAAUUCCACCCAAUAUCCCACGUCACCAAGGCCCUCGUCACGCGCGCAUACCUUGAAAUGGACGUGCACCUCACCCGAAUUCAGAGCGCCCUACGAACUUUUCUUGAAGAUGAACUUUCUAGCACCUAUCUCGGUCUUUCCAACGGUGCGCGGGCUCACCUCGAUCGCUUUCGGUCCUUCCUCUAUCAAUUUUACGUCGAAAAGUUCGGCUACUGGCCUCCUGUGGAGAAUACAUCCUUUCCAAAGGCGCUCUACCGCUCGAUUUACUUCGAUUUUGCGAAUCUACAUGACUACCUCGUCGAUUUGGAUUCGACCAACGACCUUAUUAUUGAUAAGCCUGCCAAUGGUGGUAUUUGCGUUCUACAGAAUGUCCGCGCCUUCGACAAGCGGCACCACCAUACAACCCUUCGUCAUCCCCUUCCUUUGCUUCCUGAGCUAAAUGAUGCCCCUGUGCGUUCGCAGUCACAGCGCGCCUUGCAGAGCCUCAGAAUUGGGACCAAACAAGCACGAAACACCAGGGUACGGGCAGUCCAAGCGGCGCUACGUAAGGCAACAAACUGCGGCGACGCCAGCGUCACCGAGGCUCCAUUGGUACGGGCAUACGCUUCUUUUGAGUCCGACUGCGAGCUCGGGACAGACGAAAAGGUCUCGGUGGUCGACGCACGAAAAGUGCGGUGGAUUGUGGUAUAUGCGGUGCUACAAAUGCUGGUGUCCGUGAUUGGGGCACCAGAUGCAGUUCGAAACACGGAAGAUUCCGCGUAUCCGCUUUGUUGCCCACUUGCGGGCGUUCCACCGUGGGAAGACGAGAAGAACCCUAGCCUGGUGAUGGCCGACGAGCUGCGCAACGGCACUGGAAGCCAACCCCCCACACCCGAGGUCCUUUUCCAGGAGGAGCCACCCAGGUCUGCUUCGCCAACGCUGUCCAUCCAUCCGGACUGCGAGACUGACUACUUCAACUUCAGGAACCAGAGCAAUGGUGUCAUCCAAGACGUCGAAAUACCCGCUCCCCUUCGCAUCAACACAAACGUGGAUUCCGGUAAGAGUCGACCCAGCAGCGCAACAUCCGCUAGGGAUAUCCUCCGCAGCUCCUCGAUCCGCUCUAUCAAGGCACUCUCUCCAUUCUCGUCACGCCGUGGGAGCGUCGUAGCGGCGAAGCCCACUCAUCCAGCUUUCUGCGAGAUUAUCGUACACGGCUACGGAAAUGGAUUAAAUCCCGCUAUCGUCUCUGAGCCGUCAGGCAGCGCGCCUGACCUGGCCCCAUUGAACGACCCAGCUUCAGCUCCUGCGGCCGAUAUCCAGAUAUCUGGGCCAACUAUGGAUGCUGAGACCUCCCAAGAAGGGACAGACCACCCUGAGGUCCAAGGCGCCAAGUCUGUCCGUCGAAAGGCCUCCCCCCUUCAUCUCCACCCCCAUUCUUCCUCCACUCGGGAAGAUGGUCUGCCACUCCUCGUCAAACCCCGCACACCCACAUUUGGGACACAAGAUCUUGAGAGUUUCCUCAUUACUGAAUCCAUGGCCGUGAUUGAGCUCGCUCCCGCCACUCCUAGUGGCAGUUCCAUUGGGACCGUUGAUACUCCGGUUUGGAGCAGUGGCGGGGUAUCAAGAUCCGAUUCAGCGGGCAGCGUAGAAAGUAUGGAGCGUCCUGGAACUGUGAGUGGAGGUGAGGGGUGGAGGGACCGCGGAAACAAUCGUGUGCAGUGGUCGGAUGGCAUUAGAGCGAAGCACGUGCCGAUCAUUAUCCGUCGAUCAGUAUCACUUGGUGGUCAACCAAGGGUCCGUCACCCGCGUAGCAUUGAUAUCUUCGACGCGUUAAAGGCGAGCGCAGAGGCACGGGGCUAACCGCAAAAAUUGACAUCUACGAUGCCGAAACUUGGCUUAUCGAUGGCGUCUCAUGGUUAUUUUCUUAUGCUGCCAGGCUUGGCUACCAGGCGAACGCGGACACUCCGUUGACGGAACGGGAAACGUCGUUCCUUUGCCAUGUUAAUAUGGCUACUAUAUGUGGCUCAAUAAAGUCCACCAGGUCUCUGGCAGACCUGCUUUCGUCCCUCAUUUGGAGUUUGGUACGGAUAAUCCAAGGGCUGAUCGAACUAC